AUGGCGGACAAUCUAUUCGAAGGACUACCACCUCCUUCUUCUUCUUCUCAGCAGCAUGAGCUACCAAUUUCUUCACAACCAGACGAGUCGAAGAAUCAAAAUCCCUCCCCGGCUCCAACUCUGGUUCUCAAAAGUUCCCUGAAGCGAUCAAAGCCGGCAGACUCUGCACCCAAUGUCUCCGCUCCUCCUACUCUCAAGAGCGCAAUGAAGCGGCCAAAACCAUCAGAAUCUACACCGGAGCCAGAACCUGAACCAGAAGCUGCAGCUCCUAAAAAGCGUCUACAGUUCAAGACAUCAACCGAUGCAUCGGAAGAACAAGUGAUAGAAGCAAUGCAGAAGAUAACAUCUCACAUCAAGAACCCUGCCAAGUUCUCCAAAGCUUCAAAGCUUGCAAUACGGCUGAUUCAAGCUGGAAGUGUGAAGCCAGAAACAAGCAGCCACUUCAUUGCGAUGCUUGAAGCUGCCAUGACAUCGAAAACCCCUUGUACAGAUCGCUUGGUUAGAGCAGACUUUCAUGCAUUGUUCUCAGCAGCACAGGAUGUAACCGAGUGCCUUGAUAAAAGCCAGAAGCAUUUGUUGACCAUAUGGACAAUCAAAGCAGUUGUGGCUAAUGACCUCUUUACUGAUGACAGCUUUAUGUUUUCCAAGACUGCUACUCAAAUAAAGGAGGCUAUAUCUGAUCUUCCGGUGUCGACUGAGGAAGAUGACGCGGAAGAAGCAGCUGCUCUUGAAGAAGAGGCUGUGAAGAACAAUGGAGAUGGCCAGACAACAGAGGGCGUGGCUGAAGUUACUUCAGCUGGAGAUGAAGAGGAUGCUGAGUCCGAUCCCUUUGGUCUUGAUGCCUUGAUCCCCAGUUCUGGGAAGAAAAAUGGUAAAACAAAGCUGAGGAAAGACUUGGCGACCAGAACAACUGAAGAUACAGAUGCCAAAGAGAAUAAGAGAUUUCUAAGGUCAAAGAGAGAAGUUUUGAUUACUUGCCUGGAGAUUGCUGCACGUCGUUACAAAGUUCCAUGGUGCCAAACUGUUAUAGACAUAUUGGUGAAACAUGCAUUUGAGAACGUGUCAAGAUUCACAUCACAGCAGAGACUAGCAGUGGAGAAGCUUUGGGCCUCUGUUCGAGAACAACAUCUCCGUAGGAAGCAAGGCAAAUCAGUGACAGGCAAACUCGACGUUACAGCUUUCGAAUCUCUUCAGGAUAAAUACUCCAAGGAGACAAUGAGCAUCCGUGGCUCAGUUGGAGCCAGCGGUGAACGCCGUGCCCAACAAUGGCUUGGUUAA